AUUACUAGGUGUGACACGUGGAAUCAAAAUGGCCAAUUACCCUCCUCCCCCUGGCCAUCCUCCUCCUGGUAUGUUUGGAGGUGGUGGGUUUCCUCCUGGCCACCCUCCAGGAAACAGGCCGCCAUUUAAUACAGGACUCUUGCCACCUCCCCCUCCCACACAAUUUAUGCCGCCUCCUGGUGGUCAGAUGCCUGGCGGUCAGAUGCAUGGUGGUCAGAUGCCGUUUCCCGGUCAAAUGCCCGGGCUACCUCCUGGCAUGCCUCCUCCAGGAAUGCCCCCUCCUGCUCAAGUACCCAGUCAACCGGGUAUCCCCCCGCCCACACAGAUGGGAUUUGGGGGUCAGAUCCCUCCUCAUCAGUUGCCACCUGGCAUGCAGCCUCCUCAUAAUAUUGGACCAGCCUCGGUUCCUACUGGAAUGAUGCCGCAACAAAUACAGCUCCAGCAAGAUCCUGCCGGUAUGAUGGCCUCAACAAGUAUGCCCAGUUUAGUCUCUCAGCAAUACUUGCAACAGCAACCUGUCAUGCCGGUACUACAACAGCCAGCAGUUUUGGAAGUCCCAGUGCCUCAGAUGUCUAAGUCUGUCAGCCCUGUUCCCCGGGAUACCUUAGCAUCCUCAAAGUCUUCAUCUCCACCAUCAAUAAAACCACCUGAAGUCAAGAAAAAGAAGAAGAAGAAGAAGGAGAAGAAGUUAUCUGGUCCCUGGUCAAUGCACAAUGCGCCUGAUGGGAGAACUUAUUAUUAUAAUUCUGAAACUAAGCAGUCCAGCUGGCAGAAACCAGAUGAACUAAAGACCAAAGCAGAGUCUCUUUUAUCAAAAUGUUUGUGGAAAGAGUAUAAAAACGAUUCUGGAAAGAUCUAUUAUUACAAUUCCGAGACAAAAGAAUCAACUUGGACACUGCCUAAAGAAUUGGAGCAAUUGAGAGCUGAAGCUAGCAAGCUUGAAGAAGAAGAGAGCUCUGGUGAGAGUGUGACAGACAGUAGCGAUGAUGAAGAGAAACCUGAAGAAGCAGAAAAAGUGCAAGAAGACUCCCAACCAGUUUAUGCAAACCACGAAGAAGCUAAACAAGCUUUCAAGGACCUCCUGAAAGAGAAGAAUAUCCCCUCUACCUCCACUUGGGACCAAGCCAUGAAGCAGAUCAUUGAAGACCCACGCUACAAGGCCAUCAAGAAGAUGAAUGAAAAGAAGCAAGUUUUCAACAUGUACAAGACCCAGAAGGCAAAAGAGGAGAAGGAGGAGCAGAGACAGGUCGCUAAAAAGAAUCGUGAAGAGCUUCGUAAGGUCCUUGAGGAACACGAAGAGAUUCACUCUCAGACUCGUUGGAGGAGAGUCAGUGAUAUAUUUGAGGACCACCCGUUGUGGAAAGCAAUGACACACGAUGAUCGAAAAAAUGUGUUUGAGGAUGUCAUCUUUGCCCUCGGUGAGAGAGAGAAGGAGAGGGAGAGACAGCAGAGAGAGAGGAACUGUCAAGUUUUACUAAAGAUAUUUGAUGCCAUGGACUUUAUGACUUACAAGACAACAUGGGCACAGGCUUACAAGGCACUACAGGACCAUCCUAUAUACACCAGUGAUGAUGAAUUACAGGUAAUGGACAAAGAGCAUAUAUUGGACACUUUUGAGAAUCACAUACGAAAGCUUGAGAAGGAAGAAGCUGAAAAUAAGAAGAAGGAGAAAGACCGUGAAAAGAGACUACAGAGGAAGAGACGUGAAGCAUUUCAGUUAUUACUGGAGGAGCUACACGAGUCAGAGAGACUGACCAGCACCUCUUAUUGGAAGACUCUCUAUCCGGCCUUCUCUCAGGAUCAGCGCUACACUGAUAUGAUCGGACAACCAGGCUCCACUCCUCUUGAUUUAUUCAAGUUUUACGUUGAAGACCUUCGACUACGUUUCCACGAAGAAAAGAAAAUAAUCAAAGAGAUAUUGAAGGAUAGAAACUUUUCCGUUGAGCUAAGUACCAGUAUUGAGGAAUUCAAGACUGUUAUAUUUUCCGAUGAGAGGUCUAAUGGAGUGGAUAAAGGGAAUUUGACAACAGCUUUUGAUAUCUAUAUAGAAAAAGCAGAGGCUAGAGAGAAAGAAAGAUUAAAAGCAGAAGAAAAGAAGCAAAAGAAGCGUGAAAGUGCUUUCAAACAAAUGCUGAAGGAGGCUGACCCUCCAAUAGAAUCUACUGACAAUUGGGAAGAUGUAAGGAGUAGGUUUAUGGGCCAGCCUGGCUUUGAACAGAUACCGGAAGAAUCUGCGAGACUAAGUGUCUUUAAAGAAUUCCUCAAGACAGUAAAGGAGCUAGGGGAGCGUGAUGACACAGAUGAGGAGAAAGAAGCAAUGGCUGCCAAAGAGCCCAAGGAGAAGAAAAGCAAAAGUGUCAAAGAAAAAGAGAAAAAGACCAGCCAUCGCUCUCACAAGAAGACAAAGAAAAGGAAGAGAUCAAAAUCAGUUAGCUCUGGUUCUGAUGAUGACGAUAGAGGCCAUUACCACAGCAGGCGUCGCUCCCCUAGUUACUCAAUGUCCGAAGGUGAGGAAAGAGAUUCAAGGAAAUCUAAAAAACAUAAAAAGAAGUCAAAAAAGAAACGUCACCAUAGUUCCUCAGAGUCUGAGGGUGAGAUUCGUAGCUCUGGUCCUAGCAGCUCAAAGAAAGCUAAGAGAAGUAAACAUGAUGACCAUGAUCAUCAGAAGAAACAAAAGGUUGACACCUCUUCCAAAUCUCAGCCUCUUCCAGCUGCAUAUUCAUCAGCAAGUGAAGGAGAAAUCCAAGAUUAGAUGCACAAACAAUGUCCAUUCUUCCUCUGUAUAAUUACGCAUGCAUUUAUUUUCUCAUUAUUAAAAUCAACAAUAGGCUCAUAGCACCACGACACUUAAUAUGCUCAUUGACCACGUUAUGUGAUUUGUGCUUCCAAGCCAACUACUAAAAUGGAACACUUCCUUUUUAUAAUAAUUUUUAAAAA